UCUUUCAGGGAUGAUAGCUUGGCAGAGUAUCCAUCAGUAUCACCAGGAUCGGAUGAUUAGCCAGCACAAAAUUCCACACAAUUCUAAUUAUGCGAACCCGAAGAUUUCCCAGUUAAAAUUCCCCAGCUAUCUCGAUAAGAAACCGGGUUUCUUUGAGUGCCCGAACUGCGGCAAGUAUUACCGCUGGUUGAGGAACAUGAGGAGUCACCUGAAGAUCGAAUGCGGCAAGGACCCGAAGGAGUGUUGCCCUUAUUGCCCGCAUCGCACCAAGUACAAGAGCAGUCUGCAUAAACACAUCCAGAGGAUGCAUCCAGAGAUUAAUUUUGCGUAAUUUUACGAAAUCUUUUUUUCUCUUUCUUGUUGACUAAUCAUGUUGUUGUGCAAUCAAUUCCGAAUUAUCUACCGACUUGUGCACCAGUUAUUAACUGCACAUGUAUAUUAUGUAUUUAAUAAGACAAAUAAUGAAAAUUGUUUACCGUAAUUUAUCAGAGUUUUUGUUAUUAAGUGAGUUUUAAUUAUUAGUUAUUAAGUGAACUUUUAUUAAAUGAAUUAUUUAUUAAAUAAAUUUAUUAAAUGACCGAUUGUUGCACGCGAUCAGUGCACGAAGUCAUUCGACAAGCAUCGACUCGAAUGUUCAUAAUAUUAUUAUAAUUAAUCGUAAUUAUAUUGUAAAUCUAGUCAGUUGAAAUGAAAGCGAUAUUAAAUGGUUCACUGAUAGAGUU